AUGUCCAUGCGGACUACUCACUUGGAGAAGGAGUAUGAGAAGACUCUCUCCGACUCAGCACGUCUUUUGGAUGGGGAGCGAGAUCGUGUGCGACGCAUGGAGCAGCUGUUUUUACAAUUCGAGAACGAGGCACUUAAGGUCCAACUAGAAGAAUCCAAUGGACACCUUCUAGGAUUCUCCAAGGCUGAUUCGGAGGCGUGCGUCCAACUCCAAGAUGCCUGUCAAGAGAUCGAUCGCUUGGAGCAUCAAGCACAAAAUACUUCAAACGAGAUGAACCGACUAAAAAAUGAACUCGCGGCCCAGAAAAACAACUCAGCCAAUUACAAUUCUGUGCUGGCAGAAAAGGUCCAGCUCUCUAGAGAGCUUACUGCUCUACAGUCAGAACUUGAGCGGCUGAAGACCCAAGAUGGAUCAUACCAGGCUGUUGUUGCCAAAAACAAUGAGAUGGAACGCCUUGCAAACUCCCUGGAAGCUCAGCUUGACGAUGAAAAGCAUGCCCAUCAGCGUACACAGGCCAAGGCGUCGCAACAAGCCACCGAGAUAACCAACCUCUCUGCUCGCAUUGAAGAACUACGAAAGGAGUUCGCAGGGGAACUCCGGGCGAAACAGCAGCAAGAGCGAGACUUCCAGCAGCAGAGCUCGGGGUGGGAAAGUCAGCGAACGGUCCUCGAAGGCAAGGUUGAAUCUCUCAACAAGCAGCUACGGGCAAGCAAGAGCAAGCUCCAAGAGGUGCAAAGUGAACUUCACCAGCGAAGCAAUGUGAAAGCACACGCCGCGAAUGGAUCUGAAGCUACUCGGUCUGUGCCACUGCAACGCCCAGGCCAGAUUUCUCGGCCAAGCUCUCAUUCCGGUGUGGAGAUUGCGACCCCUGGUGCCUUCCGCGUGCAAGGGAAGAUGAGGAAAGACUCGGCUAUGCCAGGUGAAAAAUCAUCAUUCUCAAUCACGCCUUUCCUAAACCGCACUGGGGGAGGCCUUUCUGAUUCUCCAAUGAGUUCAGUGGCCGGUGAUGACGAUGUUGGUCACGAUGGGGCUGCGGAUGCUCCAACACCACUUGAGGCCCUUAAAGGCAACAGGAAUGGAGAACCAAAGCGCAUGGGCUCUGCCUUGCGCCGCCAGCUCUCCCCAGGCCAAGAUCGGAACCCCAUAUCGAAGACCGUGAAGCCCAAAGCACGAGAGAGUGCCUCAACCGCCCCGGCGCCCGUUAAGGUGCCUACAAAAUUGCCUGCCAAGGAGAAGACAUCGGUCAACCGUAUGGUGUCGGCUAUUGAGGAUGAUGGGUUAUCUGACAGUUCUGCCGAAGAACUGGCGAAGCCAAAGAAACGCAAGCUUGUUGGUCAACGAGAUCGGAGCCUUUUCGAGGAAGAUGAAGAUGAUAUUGGUCUCUUCAAAAAUAUUGCGCGAAAAGGAUCUACUCUGUCGAAGGGACCUGCUAAUUCGACCAAGUUUGGGGCACCCAUGGGAUUCUCUCCGUUGAAGAAAGAUCGCAAGCGCAUCUAA